CCAAAACACAAAACAAACGUCCAGCACGCCCUCACGCGGGCGAUCUCCUAGUGCCGACGGCGGCUGUCCUCUGCUGCGCCACCUCGCCCGUUGCGUCCUCCUCUCGGUCUGCCUCCGUUGCCUCCUGGCCCGCCCCGCUGGCCCGGCCAUCCGCCGCCCCGCCCGUUGUGUCCGUUGUGGCGGUAGUUGGCGUGCUGUCCAUCGGCGGCGGCCGGGUGCGGCAGAAUGACCGGGAAGCCAUUCGGCUGCUGGUGCUGUGGGUGGGGCUGCAGGUUGGUGAAGUGCGGAUUGAUGUCCGCGUUGAAGGCCGCCUGCUGCUGGUGGUGGUGGUGGUGGGCGGGGUGCAUGUUGUGGUUUGCCCACCCGCCGUAGACGCGCUGCGGGCGAUGGAAGGGCUGGGGCUGAUGGUGAUGAUCAUGAUGAUGGCCGCCCUGCCCCAUCGCACCCCCUCCCCCAAGAUGCUGGCCGUAGUUGCCCAGCAGCCCGCCUCUGCUGUCGUGGCCGCCAUGCUGUCCCUGCCCGUAUCCAAAGUGUCUGCCGUUGUGGCCGGCGCCGUUGAGGGGUGUGUCGGGAGGGGGCGGUGGGCGGGUGCUGUUGUUGUUGUUGUGCAGCGGCGACUCUCCCAUAGCGAACCCGUUGACCUGUUGCUGCACACAGACAUAUACAAUACACACAGAUGCUUACACACAAUCAUAGUGUAUGUCUGUAUUCCUUCCUCACCUCAUGUGCGGGUGGCUGGGGGAAUUGGCCAUGGCCGUGGCGGGCUCGUGGGCCAGCGGCGUCGGAUCGAAUUGGAUUGGCGGGGGUGGCGGGGGAGCAGCCGAACCAAACAGCUGGGCAACAUGGGCAUCAUGAGGCCUGGCUGCAUGCCGUUGCCCAUGGCGGCGAGGGCCAUUAUGGGGAGAGGGGGCUGCGGGAAGAAGGGCACAGGGGGCACCGCUGGCAUCAUCUGCUGCGGCGCAAAUGGCUGCACCCCCGCGGGCCCCCCUCCCUCACCACCACCGACGGGCUGCUCCACAGCCGGAGGCGCCAACACACCCGCACCCGCACCCUCCCCCUGCCCCUCCCCAUCCCCUCCCUCAGCAGCGCUCUGCUGCGCCUCAGGCGGGGGGAACUGCGGUGACUCCACGGCCACGGCGAUGGGUGGCGGAGGAGCGAUGGAGUGGGCCGAGUUGGGGAUAGAUGGCGGCACGAACGCGUGCAUUGGCUGCAGCUGGGGCUGAGCAACAACACCUGCCGGGGACGCCUCACCAUUGCUGGACUGCCCGAGUGCUGCUGCAGGGUUAGAGGGGGGAACGACCACAACAUCACCCUCUUGCUGCUCCUGCUGUGCGCUCCCUGCCGCCCCGCCGUCUCCCUGGCCCUCCUGCUGAGGCUGUGGCUGUGGCUCCAUUGGCUGCUGCUGCUGCUGGUCAGCCACUUGGACGAAGUUCGGCUCACCAGCGGCGUCCGCUUCCAGGCGGUAGUUGGAGGGCGGGCUGUAGUAGCCCGGUCGUUCUCCGCCCUCCGGCUGCAUGCCGAAGUAAGCACGGGGUUGGAAGGCCUCAGGAGGCUGGCGGCCGCCGUGCAGCUCGACAUUCUGCCCCAACCACUGCAUGGUGUCAACCAUGACGGCCUCAUCGGCGGCCUCACCCUGUUGGCACGCCGGCGGCUGCAUACAGAGAGAGGGAGCGAUGGUUUGAGUGCUGUCAGGAUCUGGUGUGGCAUUGUGGAUUGUCUUACUUGGUCUGUGCCUUGCUGAUCUUGGUCAGCGGGCGGCUGCUCCGCGUUACUUGGCGGCGGCUCGUCAGCAGGCCGCUCGUCAGGUUGCUCCUCAGCAGCAGCAUCUCCAGACAACUCGGCAGCAGCAUCAAGAGGCGAUGGCCCGUCCUCCGUCUGCGCCUCAACACUCUGCAGACACAUAGAAAGGAAUCAGAGACACAGAAACCGAUGAAGGUGACAGACAGAGAGGUUCUCCUGUGUUCCCUUCCUGCUCACCUCGACAACGACAAUCUCCGUCUGGGUCGUGGCAUGCCCCUUGCCCUUCGCCCCCUCCCUCCCCAUGCCCUCCCUCGCGGCCUUGAGGCACUCGUCCUUCACCUUGACCAGGAUCGCCAUCUCGUGCUCCUUCUGCAACUUGCUCUUGACCUUCUCGGCCUCCUCACGCGACAACGUACUGGGCUCCCGCGCCUCCAGCCGAGCGAUGGCUUCGAGGGCCUUCCUGUACUUCUUGAUCUCCUUGAGGAUGAUGCCGAAGCUGUAGUCGUGCUCCUUCAGGUACUUGAUCAGCCGCUCGUCGUCCUCCUGCCCGGCUGACUGCCCCUCCCCGUCCUCCUUGGGCGGCGUGUCGGUGUCCUGGUGCGUCUGCUGGGCGGGGGUGCUGCUGCUGUCCGCUGACAGAGGCUCUUGGCUGAGUCCCGGCUCGUCCUUGCGGGCUUGGUCCUCGUUCGCUGGGGCGACGGCAUCAGGUGCGGCCUGGGAGGGCUGGUUGGCGGGCGAUGCUGCCGGGGCGGGCUGUGAGUUAUUCUGAAGCGCACAGAGACCACAGGGACGUAGCAGAGGCGUGUGGAUGGUCAGAAUGUGAGGGCAUGAUAAUCAUCAUGUGCAUUUCUCACCUUGUUCUUGUUCUUCUUCUUCCCCAUGACUGACGGGAUGGUGGGGAUUGUGGCUGAGGCUCUCCUCUCUUCGGG